GAGUAGCAGCAGCACCCCCGCAGAACAAGCUUUACCACUUUUAAGGCGCACUGUAAUCAGUCUCGCUUCUCUGAACGCUACGCUAUGGAUUACUCAGCCGACAUCGAAUACUCCUUUUCCCCGUUUGCAAUCUAUUAAAUCCCAAAUCACUUUUUGGUUUUUCUGUUCAUUAUGGCGAAGUCGGAGUCAACCGAUUCAACAAAAACCCCGGGCACGCCCUCCCUCAGCAAGCUGAGCUCCAUUUCUGUUCCCCGCGGCGGAGAACAACCGGCAUCAUCGCCGCCCCUAAAAACCAAAAAGAUGAGCACCAUUGCCUGGUUCAGCAAACACUGGCAGCAGUUUAAGCGCCGCCUGUCGUCGACGGGAAUGGCACUGCGCAGCAAGUCUGUGCCUAACACCACUCGCUUCCACCGGGCCACAGAGCGGCGUUCCCGGUCGCGAACAUCCAGCGUCAGCGGCCCCUGGCGUAACGAUUCCACUACGGAACGUUGUGGAUUCACGGCGCGCGGUAGUAACGCAACAAAUAGCGACAGUGAGGGUUCUUCGGGCAUUGGAGUGCGGCGAGUGCCGGAAAGUGUACAGAAAUUUGAUAUUCACGAGAACACAUUGAAAACUAAGUUUCGCCAGUUACGCGACCAGUAUGCACAAGGUAAACUGAAGAAAUACAAAGCAAACGAAGUGACCACAGGAAAGUUGGGCCGGCCGAGGAAGCCGCGAAACCGACUGAACCAUCCACCAUCCUCAUCGCGACUGGCUCGUCGAGUACCUCUUCCCGUCCCCCGACCACCUCACGAAAAACCCUCACUUCCUAUACCGCAGCCAACUCGGAGAAAACCGACGCUGUCCGUCCGGACCUCUCCUGCAAAAUUGUCACGGCUCAUUCCGCAACCGCCAUUCAAAGAGUCAAGUCUUGUCAAUUCCCAGCCACCUCGCGAAGCUCCACCAGCUCCUUUCUCAGCGGGCUCAGCCUCUGUAAGCGUUCAAAGAGGAGUAAAUAAUUGGCGCCGCUGUGAAGAAUAUCUCGCCAGUAUUCCGUCCGAUUUAUCCUUGAGUGAUGUCGCGGACCUGGAGCAAGAAAGGCAGGUGGUAACGGAAGCGGUAACAGAGACGCCGCCGAAACCCCCGCGAUCAAGCGCUUUUCCUGCACCAUCCGUCCGGGCGGCGGCUUCCAGAGCUUCCCUUAUUGGAGAUCUGGACAUUAAGUCGAGAAAAUCAAAAAGUCAUCAGCUGCUUUUGUUGAGCGACAACGAUGUUGAAUGGUUUGAACAGCAAGAGCAAACCGUGAUCCCAGAGAAGAUGGAGAUGGAUACCGCGACACAAGUGUCGCUUUCAUCGGAAGAAUCACCGGCACCCACGGUUUUGACCCAACAUAUUACGGAUAGUCCGCAUCCAUGCCCACGCCCCCGACGUGAUCGUCACCUCCGUAUUCGUUGCCGGCCGAAACCGCAACGUGAAAAAUUUGUACACCUAACCGUCUACAACCAGGCUCCUCAUAACCGUUUUGUCAUUGAACCUUGUGCUUUUGGCUUGCCCUUGCCCACUACCCCAUUAUGUCCUUGUCACCAGCGCCAGCUGGCUGACGUCAAUAAUGCCGCGGUGCAGUCCGAAAGUGGCAAUGACAAAAACCAGUCGAUUCCCGUAGAAGACCCAGCAACUGCCGGUAAAGAGGCAGUUGCACCAAACGAAGUUGUUGCUGAACCGACACAAGAAGCGUUGGCGUACCUACAAGAAACCUUACGCACAAUAGGGGCUCCUAACAGUACAAACUUAGACUCACAAGUGCCUGAUCCGCAAUCUGAGCCACCGGAUGGCGAUGUUAUCGGACUAGACAAUAAACCGGCAGCGGAAGAUACAGAUCACUUCGAAAGCACUCAAAAUAAACUUGAAGAAAAAGUUCCCCAGCCUGUAUCAAGGCAGUGGUUGCGCCGAUUACCUAAGCGGCGCCACGUCCUUAAGCGCUACGGACGGUGCCCGGUUCGUCGAAUUAUUUACAUUAGGCAAUCGACCAGUGAUAGUCCAGUUGCCGUUCCCACCGAAGCACCGUCGAAACCAACUGAAGCUGGAUCUCCCGAGCGCAACGACUUGGUAGAAGUGAACUUCGCCCCCGACGAAAGGAACCAUAUUCAAACUAUCAGUCACUAUUCUAUGCCAGAAACUGUCGUCGAGGAACAAAUCGCUGCUUCCCAUGCCAGCACGCCGUGCGAAAUAAUCACCGCAUCGCAUUCGUACGAGUCUUUCCAAACAUCCGAUUCCCACCCAGAGAUCCCCGUCAUACCACCUGGCAAUAUUACUGCCGAAUUUCAGCAGAUGCUGCUGAUUUCUAAUCUAGCCAAUCUGACCGCCAUAUUAAACAAGGUCACGACCGAGAAAACUGAUGCAAACUUAGCAGAGCGCAUUAGUCUGUCGGAUAGAGCUGAACAGACGCAUUUUGAAGCAACUGACACAGUCUUCCACAACGAAGCCGUUCUGCUCGAUUUGCCCAACGAACCGCUCCAGGAGCCGCGACAAUCUCUACCCUGCAUAUCGGUAUCUGCUGGCUGCCAGGUGUCUGUUUGUAACCAAUCAGCGGCAAAGGCCCGAAAGCGCCGUGUGCAGUUCAUUCCGACAUUGUCCAAAUACCACAAACACCGCAACUUCCAUUGCGACGAAUGCCGACGAAAAAAGAGUUUCGACCGGAGUGUGCUAACAAGAAUCUACACUAACCGGGAUUCAGGCGGUGACAGCUGUCGUGGACAACCACAGCCAGUUGAAUCAUCAUCGAAGCCGCGAGUUAAGCAGGUAACAUUUGCCGAAUCCGAGCCAGCGCGACUGCCUCCCGAGAUGCUCCAAGAAAAGCUGUCGCUCUUGCAAGUGGAAAAAGGUUUCGUCAUCCCCACCCUCGAAGUAUUGCAGCACUUACUCCAUAUCUUCCAGCUAGACGCACCGUUAAAAUGUCAUCCCAAGGACGUUCACGCCAUCUGGGAAGCAUGGAAGUCUCAGUUAUCUUCCCUUUCCGGAAAGAAAGAAAUCCAUAGUGGCAUCUUUGCUCAAUACGCACAGUUUUCUUAUAACCGAUUCAUUCAUUUCAUUAAAAUGUAUUGUACAUCCACGCCCGCGCAGUCAUCCUUGGAAAUUCCCGAAGACGAUUCCAUUGCCGCACAGGAACUUUUUCAAGCCGGUGUAUUGGAAAUCCCAGUCAAUCGUCCCAAGGCCUUCACCUUUAACGUACCAACCAACCGGGACUAUCUGCGUGACUACUUGGUGUCGCAUUUUCGGGUGGACGCCGAUGGCCGAUCCCGUUCCAUCUUUCGGCAGAAGUUCCCUUUCUACUUGCACCUGUAUAAAAGCGGCCGAACCCGGAAUCUCUCCGAUGACGAGGUCAACGACGUCAAACUCAUGCUGCAUCUUUUUCGACUGGACCGCUGUACAUUGUUCUCCAAGAGCGAGACCAAGUUGAUCGAUGAUAUUAUGCGGACGUGGAACUCAGCCAAUGCCGAAAAAUUGUGUCGUCAGAAUGUUCUCGACGUGCACCGUGUUACACAACGUUGGCUAGUGGAAACAGCAUACAUUAAUUAUCGGCAGAGUCUUGGCGCUGAACAAGCCAUGCAGAUUCUGGGACUGAAGUACCUUAACGCGGACUGUCACCCGAAAACCACGCUUCCGAAGGAAAGCAAGCCGGAAAGGUCUCCGGUUACUCAAACAGUGGAGGAAUCCCUUAAGCGGUUCCAACAGCUGAACAAGAACAUUUGGUCCGUGUGCCGCCACACCGAAGAAACGUCUCCGGCGACAAAUCAGCAGCGAUCGAGCUCAGUCAUGCAGAAACAAACGCAAUCUAAUGGAUGUGCUGUCGAAACUGGCAAAGAAAUCUGGAAAAGCACCACGGUGACCUUGGCGAAUGAUUUGCGACAGCCGAAGCAGUUCGACAACCUGAAGCCUCAUCGAAUUAUGGUUCGUCGUGCCGAACGGACGGCACGGGUAGAAAAGAACUCGUUCGGCAACAGUUCCGUGAUGGAGACCGAUAGCAGCUUGUCCAUACAGAUUUGCACGAGCGAUACUUGCGAUGGUUUGAAGAAAACAGCCCUUUAAAUUUGUGCUUCGGCAUUUGAACGAUCUGAUGUUAAGUUUAGCGGAAGUUGUUGUAACCAUGGUUUUCCUAACGUUUCGACCGAAACUGAAUGUUUCGAUUGCGUCAUGAUGCUAGAAUAAUUAAAAACUGUAGGCGUA